ACACUAACACUACCACCGACCGCGGGGAAACAUGAUGCACACCCUCGCGACGGUAGCAACAGUACUUGCCGCGCUGCUGGCAGUGUCGGCGCAGCAGUACCAACAAGCCGGCGGUAAUUACGUCGACGAUUAUGCCCAGUAUGACUCGCAACAACCGAGCCAGCCUACCCCGCGUAGUUACGCGACCAACGAGGCACCGGCCCGUCAAUCGGCCGCACCGGCAAAUCCGAAGCCGACUCCGGUGGCGAUCCUGAAGCAGAUAAAUCGCCACAAUGAAGACGGCUCAUACACAUACGGUUUUGAGGGCGCUGACGGUUCCUUCAAGAUCGAGACCAAGCUGCCGACCGGUGACGUCAAGGGCAAGUACGGCUUCGUCGACGACACCGGCAAGGUCCGCAUAGUCGAAUACGGCGCGAAUCAGUACGGCUUCCAGCCAGCCGGUGACGGUAUCACCGUCGCCCCGCCGACCCUGUUCGACGAGACCACCAGCAAGGAGGCUCUCGACGCGCAGGCUUACGAAGAGUAUCAACAGCGGCAACAGCAGCAGCAACAGGCGGCCGCACGUCCGGCUUAUCAACCACCACCGUCUCAAUCGCACACUCAGGCCGUGUACGCUCCAGCGCAAGUAGCCCCGAGCAGACCGGCUCUACCUAAACCACCCAUCUUCACGCCGGCUGCUGCCCAGGAACAGCAACGGUCUCAGCUGGUGCAACAUAAUCCGGCUUACGAUGAGCCUGCGCCGGCCUCGCAGCUCUACAAUCAGGGACCAGCACAGUUCGGCCCGGCGCCGAAUCAGGAACGCCGUGCCCAGCCGCAGGCCCGCAGCGGUAGCGGCAUCCUGGACCAGCUCGCCAGGGACUACGCUUUGCCUCAGGGAGUGGCACCACCGCUGCACGACAUCAGCUUCGGCUAUUACUAGUCCUACUCCUUUUGUCUAACGAAGACGGAAGAGUCUGAGAUCGAUCGCGUUGCUAAAAAAUUUUAUAAGCUAUUAAAGAAAUUAUUUUUUUUUUUUUAUAGACAAGAUAUCUACUUGAUAUUAUAUUUUAAUGUUAAUUUUAUACAACAAUUAAGGGUUAGAAUUGUUGCGACUGAUUUCGGCCUCGUCUGUAUCCCGGUUGCGUGUUGGUCUUAUAUUUUAUUCGUGAACGAGAGACGAUGACUAAUUAAUCCAUCAAUAAUCAUGUACGACGUAAUCCGCUUCCUUCAAAGUCAGCGACGAUGUGAUUAAUGAUUGUCGCGAACAUAGACCGUCCAUUAUUUGAAAAUCGAGAACUAUUGUAUUGAUGUUUGAUAUCGCGAGGCGAAAGCUAAGAUUCCAUCUCAUUCAUUGCACAAUUUCUUAUAUUAAUUAUACAAUAUUUCCUAUUCUAUUUAAUUAAGAAUCAAGAUGCAUUAAAACAGAAAUCAUAGAUCUCAUCUAUUUCAUAAUAUAAAAAAAUCUGAUAAAUGAUGUUAAAGGUCAAUUCGCUGGUAUAAAUCAAAUAAAUUUUAGCGUAUUUUUUUUUUAAUUUUAGAAAUUCAAUAAAGUAAUAAAAAAAAGUUUCUCAAAGUAUCAUAAAACUUGAAGUACUGACUUUCUGAGUAAACACUAACGUUUAGAUCUUCGACUUUAUACUUCAACGAUCAUGAUUAGUUGCUUUCAUGGAUCUAUCAAGUUAUAAUAUUAGGGAGUUUUUUGAUGUUAUCUUUUUAUAAAUUAUUGUUAUACAUUUCACGAGUCAUCAAAAAAUUAUUUGAAUAAACAGUUGUAACGAGAGAAGUUGUAAAAAUUUUACAUUUUAUGUAAAUGGUGUAAAUAAAAAAAUUUCUCGUUUCCCCCUUUUCGGUGGGUGUCCACGUUCGUUUUUACUCUAGGAAACGUGGCUCGCCUUAAGAACUUACCAGUGAAGUACCGUUGCGUUAGAACUGCGUAUUCACGACGAAGUCCCGAAGAAUGUAUCUUAAUUGGACGCGCUUAUUUUACUGUAAUUAGAUUAUUGUAAGGUAAUUCGAGUGGAAUAAAGUAAGGCCAAUACUAAAUUCCGUCAUCUACUAUAUGGAACGCGUAAGACACCCGUACAAUGCCGGUGUAAUAAAAUUUCCUGGUUUCACCUCUCCAAUUAUGCCUCUCGUUAAGCAUAAAGGCUUUCAAUGUUCAUAUUUGUUGAACGCAUAAAAGAGUACACACUUCCGCUGCGUAAUAAUUUAUACUCAAUCCUAAAUUAUCGUCCUUCGCAUAUUGUGAGAACACGGUAAAAAAUUGAGUUUGGAUUGCAUACAACAAUCACGGUACAGAAUUCGAUUGUAUCGUUAUUUUACCUAAGAAACACAUCAAACUUCGACACUCGUGAUAACUUCUUUUAGCGUUAAACGCUUAUAUCUCAAGAUUUAUAAUAUUUUAAAGUUUCUAUAUAAAAAAUUAUUUGUUUUACACAACUAAUUUUAUUCUGUUUAAAAAAUGCAUCUAUUAUCAAAUAUUUUGUGUGUAAUUCUGUAAAUAUUUUAUUUUUGAAAAUAUUCUCGAGAGAAGAACUCUUUUAUCAUAGAUAUUUUUUUUUAAUUCUAUCGCAAUAUCUUUUUUUUUAUUUUUCAAUACUCUUGUAUCCAUAAUUUAAAAACGCCUGAUGCAAUGACGACCAAAGUCACAUUGUUGCAGAAACGACUGCAUGCGGUUGCGAUUUUAUCUUUUCCCUCUUCGACUUCCAUAAAGAUUGCGAAAUAUCGCGAGCAGAGACCAGUCGGAUUUCUCACAGGAUAAAUUCUCGCGUCGCGCAGAAUCUGGCCUUUAUCUCUUCUUCUACUUUUGGAUUACCAAAAUCACAUGUUCCCACGCCCUCUUUACUGCAUACGAAUGGGGUUUCUCGUAAUUUCGCCACAAUGGCGAUUCGGCAAAUGUUUCUAGAAACAUCCGUCAUUUCUAGAAGUAUCUAUCUAGUACCGAGACUUGUAUUGCACUUAACAAAGGGGAGUUCUACUUUCAUUCUGAGAAAGUCUCAAGGUGAGCAAGGCCGCGUUAUACUUUUCUAUCUUUAGAAGUUUUCAACGGCCGAUUCAACGCAAAAAUUCAACGCGCGUAUGCUAAGUGUAUAAUAUUCUAAAUUCUUGAUAAAACGCGAUCUUGCUGAUUCCGCAAUUUCUACAUGUUUUUAACUUCCGAUAUCUUUCGUAACGAGUAACUAGAAAUAA